GUCAGAACCCAGGAGGGCUGAGCGCACAGAGCGCUGGCAGUUGGUGGAAUGAUGGAGGACAGGCAAGCAGGACAUGGGGCAGAAGAAAUAAAAGUAAGAGUUCAUCACUAAAGAUAUCUCCUGAUGAUGUGAUAAACUAAAAUCUGAAAUCAUCUAGAAGAAUAAAUAGAAUUCAUCAUGGCCAACCUGGCCCACAGUCAGAAGGGCCGCAAAAGGACUUUACCCUUACAAGCUCUAAUGCCACAAGUACCCCGCGGCAACUAUUUGCACCUUCUGGAAGAGAAACAAAGACUACAGCUAAAGAAAUUCCUCCUUCAUAGGAUGUUUCUAGUGGCCAACACACAAGCAAACCUGGAGAAAAAAGAAAUUGCUGAAUACUAUGAACAAGUAUUUCAGUCGAUUUUGAAACAUCACCCAGGAGAAGCAGUGACAGGAUUAUUGCUCAUAUACCCCACGUCCCUUCUGCAUAUCCUUGAGUCUUCCAGUGAUACCCUCUACCAAAUUCUUUUAGAUUAUCUAGACCAUGAAAGAAAGGAAACAGACUAUUUCGUCCAAAACAUGAAAAUUAUAGUCAUUUCUCAUAACAUCCCAACGAGAUUCUUCAUGCAAUGGCACGUUUCAGUCAUCAAAGUGCCAGUUAUGUAUCUUGAUGAUGUGACACAGUCACAGUCCUUAAAUGAGGUCAUCACAGAUUUCCUCACCCAGACUCAUAAACUAGCACUUCACCUGUUUAAGGCUAUGAAAGCGGGUGCUAAGGGACCAGGGGAUAAUUUGCACCAAGUUGCACCUGAGCUACUCCUUCCAGAACAAAUCAUAAAGUAUCUGUUGAAAUGUGAACAAUUUAUGGACCCACAAACAUUCAUGAACAUGUAUAAUAAACCUAUUCACGUUACCAUGGAUUCUGAGGUGGUCUGGCCUGCUCCUUCCCGUUUCUACAGCUGAGAGAUACGAUGUGGUCUGAUCUCUUGAGGAUGUUGUGCUACUUUAAAUAAAGGGGAAAAUAUUUCUAGAA